AUGUCCACCAAAGCCACCCUAAAAGCGUCUACGGACACCGUUACCCUAAACACUGGGGCCAAGAUCCCACUAUUUGGGCUUGGCACCUGGCAGUCGACAGACGAUGAUGCGAGCAGCGCGGUGGCUGCCGCCCUCAAGCACGGCUACAAGCACAUCGACACUGCCUCAUUCUAUAAGAACGAAGAGUUGGUCGGCAAGGCCGUCAAGGAGUCGGGUAUCCCACGUGAAGAGCUUUUCAUCACCACCAAGGUGUGGAAUGAUCAGCAGCGGGAUCCUGCUGGCGCCCUAGACCUAUCUUUGAAGAAGUUGGGUACUGAGUACGUCGACUUGUUGUUGAUGCACUGGCCUGUUCCAUUCAAGGAACCGGAAAACAGUACUCUGGACGCAUACAAGGUUCCUCGCGGACCAGAUGGUAAGGUGACGCGCGACGAGGAGUGGGACUUUGUCAAGACGUGGCACUUGAUGCAGAAGUUGCUAGGCACCGGAAAGGUCAAGGCCAUUGGUGUUUCGAACUUCUCCAUCAACAAUUUAGAAGAGCUACUGAAUGCCGAGGGCACCACAGUCGUACCAGCCGUCAACCAGGUGGAGCUACAUAUCCGUUUGCCUCAGUUGGAGCUUGUGGAGUAUUGUCAGAAGAAGGGUAUCGUUGUUGAGGCAUAUUCGCCUUUGGGCUCAUCCUCUGCUCCAUUGCUAAAGGACGCUACUGUGAACAAGGUUGCGGAAAAGUACGGGGUCACUCCAGCUCACGUCUUGCUAAAUUACGUUGCGAACCGUGGUAUUGUUGUGUUGCCUAAGUCUGUGAAAGAGAGCCGUAUCAUCUCUAACUUUGAAUACUUCAAAAUGGAUGAGGAAGAUAUCAAACUGCUUAACGACAUUCACAAAAAGGAAGGUGUUCAAAGAUUUGUUGAUCCAGAUUUUAGUCCCUUCCCACUCUUCCAAUAG